UCUUUACUGCAUGUUUCGUCAAUGAAUGUUGUGCUAAUAUUUUGAACAAGAAUUCUCCGAGGACCUUAAAAUUGUUUAUGGUGUCGCCAAUUAUUGACUGAUCCUAUAGCUAAAUAUUUACUUGAAAAGUUUAUAUUUGUUACAUUUUCAUGUAAUACUAUCGUUUUGUAGUUGGAAUUAGAUGAAUUUGUGACGACAUUUUGACCAUAUCAGACAACAAGAGACGAGACAGCGAUAUCAAAGUUGACGACGAUGAUCAUUUUUUAGGAAAUCGAAAAUACAAUCCUACUUGGUUUUGUUUUUUAUGAGGAAUAUCUAAUAUGGAGUUUUAAUGUAUUUUUUAUGACUGAUCGUUAAAAUUGGAACUUUUAUAGCUGCUAGGUUUAUUUUAUGCAUUUUUAUUUGAACACUUCAAAAUGGCGUCUAUGGGAAUGUCCUCGUUGUUUUCUUUUACUUCACCAGCCGUAAAACGUCUGUUAGGAUGGAAGCAAGGAGACGAAGAAGAAAAAUGGGCAGAAAAAGCAAUAGAUUCACUUGUAAAGAAACUAAAAAAACGUAAAGGAGCAUUAGAGGAACUAGAAAAAGCACUUUCAAAUCCAUCUUCAAGUGAUUCAAAAUGUGUAACUAUACCAAGAAGUUUAGAUGGUCGUUUGCAAGUUUCUCACAGAAAAGGGUUGCCACACGUUAUAUAUUGUAGAGUUUGGAGAUGGCCAGAUUUACAGAGUCAUCACGAACUAAAGCCCUUAGAUUGUUGUGAAUAUGCUUUUAGUUUAAAUAAAAAAGAAGUUUGUAUAAAUCCUUAUCACUAUCGACGUGUUGAAACACCAGUUCUUCCACCAGUCCUGGUGCCUAGACAAAGUGAAUAUCCUCGCGCACCUGGUCCAUUGCCAUAUCAUAUGCAACAUGCUAAUCACACUGGUAUGCCAGGAAAUGCCAACUUCCCUCCUCCUUCUUUUUCACAUCACCCUCCUGGAGGGCCAGAAACUCCUCCACCAGCUUAUAUGUCAGAAGAUGGUGGUAGCCCUAGACCUGACCCUAACUCUAUGGAUGCUGAUGCUGCUAUACCACCAGAUGUGACUCCCAUUACUUACCACGAACCGACCAACUGGUGUUCUAUCGCAUACUAUGAAUUGAAUAUCCGUGUGGGAGAACCGUUCCAAGCGUCUGGUACUAGUUUAAUAAUUGAUGGCUUUACUGACCCGAACACGAGUAGCGAUAGAUUUUGUCUCGGCGGAAUGUCAAAUGUUAACCGUAAUUCGACUAUAGAAAAUACGCGCCGUCACAUUAGUAAAGGUGUCCAUUUGUAUUACGUUGGAGGUGAAGUUUUCGCCGAAUGUUUGAGUGAUAGUGCUAUAUUUGUCCAAAGUAGGAAUUGCAAUUAUCACCAUGGCUUUCAUCCCACCACAGUGUGCAAAAUACCACCUCAAUGUACCCUGAAGAUUUUUAACAAUCAAGAGUUUGCUCAACUUUUAUCGCAAAGUGUCAAUCAUGGCUACGAAGCUGUGUACGAACUAACAAAACAUUGUACUAUACGUAUGAGUUUCGUCAAGGGAUGGGGCGCUGAAUAUCACAGGCAAGACGUCACUAGUACGCCCUGUUGGGUGGAAAUACAUUUGCACGGACCUCUGCAAUGGUUAGAUAAAGUUUUAACUCAAAUGGGUUCGCCUAGGAAUCCAAUCACUUCAGUUUCAUAAAAAAAUGUCUAGUGGGCUUACCAUAGAGUAGCGUUGAAAAUCACUCAAAUAGUUUUAUCGAAGAAUUAGGGCAUUUUAGUUGCAAAAAGGUGUUUAGAUGACUGUGGUAUCAUAUAUAGGCUGACGUUACCCUUGCACUAUGUUUAAAUCAUAAAUUGUUUUGCUACUAGGUACAUAUAGACUAUAUGUGUCGUUUAUGAGUCCAAUGUGGUUUUGGUGUUAUUUUUUAUUAUUAUUUCACUGCAUCGUUUUUCACUAAUGAUGCUACAAUGCAACGCAGUCUGUUCUUGACGAACUUCGCAUCAGUUUUUAUUAUUAGCAACGAAUGGAAAAGUUUCGUUUGUGUACCAUUGAGAUUAUUUCUAUCUGGGCCGAAUUCUCAAAUUUGCUAACAACUGCAUUUUUUAUUAAUUUUUUUUUCUGUUGCACAUAGGGACAAAUAUCCUAUUUUAUUUAUUUGAUUCAGUUCUCUACAGAAGUCAGAUUAUUUGUUUUAAAAAAGUAUUAUUUACUGUUAUUUUUGUUUAUUUGUUUAUUUUCUAUAAAUUAUAAAAUUUUUACGAAUUUUGUCAUUUUUUGGCAUAAAUAUGAAACAGCAGCUGUUGAAGUCAAACUCUAACACCUCCUUACUGGAUUAACAUGUGUGACAACGAUUUUGUUCUCAUUCUGAAUAUCCCCUUUAUCUUAUAUAGAUUUAAAUACCGCUAUAUGUCUGUUUUUCUCUCUGUAUGAGCCAAAAUGGUAUCCUAAGUAGUGGGGUGUUACGCUAAAAACGGUGGUUUAUUUAGUUAGAAAUUAUUUCAGUUAUACUCCAUUUGUAAUGCGGACUUCCGUUGAGCCAUUCAUGAUUUUGUCGAAAGAGUUUAUAUGUACUUUUGUUAAAAUAUCAAAUUUUAAUCAA